AUGGCUGAGGACCGUGAAGACCGUGCUUCACGAUUAUGUGAGCGUGGAUUUGAGAUGGGAUAUGCGCAUUCCUCAGAAAAGUCAGCCGAUCAACCUCUUCUAUUGAUGUCCGACAAAUCGCCAGAGGGGUUCUUAUACAGACAUCCGCGGUCAAGCCGACGCACCUGGAUCGCUUUGGUGGUAACCAGCUUAUUCCUCGUCGCUAGUGUGUUCGCAGUUCUCAUGGUACGCCAAAUAAAGCUUUUCGAAGAGCGUCGUUGGAACAUAAAGAACUUCAGGUCAUUCAUCACCUUUGGGGACAGUUGGACAGGCGAGAGCAGAUACGAGUAUUUCUACGCCCACAACUCCACAUUACCUGAACCAGGCACUCUUUUGGGAGAGAAUCUUCGAACAAUUGUUGGCGGCAGAGUUUGGGCUCGUUAUGUUGUUCAGUAUGCUGGUUCAUCAGACCCUAUGCAGUGGAAACCCCAAAUCACCCUAUACAAUUACGCUUUCGGUGGCUCAUGGUGUUCGGAUGAACUCAUUGCGAGAGGCCCAAAAGGGGUAUCAGUGUUGGAAGGAGGAGUACCAUCUUUCAUUCAUGAUAUGAACGCCACAAGGCUCGACACCACAGAGCCUUUCUUUCAACCACCAAUUACGCCGUCUAAUGCUGUAUUCGCACUCUGGAUCGGUGUUAACGACCUUGGAAUGUUCGCGUACCUCUCAGAUGAUCAGGUGUAUGGAAAAACGCUACUUGACUUUACAGAAUGCAAUUUUAGGUCUUUUGAUGCAUUGUAUGCCGCUGGGGCAAGAACUUUUGUUCUGAUGAAUACGGCGCCUCUACAAUUAGCUCCAGCCCAUGCGAACACGACGUCGAGUGGCGGAGAGAGAAUAAAGGACUCUUGGAUGGCGGGUCGGGAGCUAUCCAUGACCGAGGCUAUCAACAAUAUCUUCAGAUACCAGACGCUAUACGAAUUCACUGUGUCUAUGAGGUAUCCAGGGGCCAGGGUUGCUCUUUUUGACGUCAAUUCUCUAUUGACCCACCUAUAUUAUAACCCAGGGCUCUAUCUUAAUGGCUCUGCAGCGCCAAAUGUGACAGGUUUCUCUAUCGAGACAGAAUAUGGUGCUCAAAACCCAGACAGUUUUAUGUGGCGCAAUAACCUUCACCCAUCUGAACAAACAAGUCGAAUUAUCGCCGCCGAGUUUGUGAAGGUUUUAGACGGCAAGUCUACCUAUGCUCAAUAUUGGUGA